AUGUACAGUACCACCCCUGUCACAUGCUCCCUCUGCUCCAAUGCACUGUCACAUGCUCCCUCUGCUCCAAUGCACUUGCACUGUCACAUAGUCCGCGUGUAUUUAACUGGAGGUUCUGCCCUCCCCUGUCCUCUUCAUGCUCCUUCUGUGCUGCAUGGACUCACGUGCUGCAUGGACUCACGUGCUGCAUGGACUCACGUGCUGCAUGGACUCACGUGCUGCAUGGACUCACGUGCUGCAUGGACUCACGUGCUGCAUGGACUCACGUGCUGCAUGGACUCACGUGCUGCAUGGACUCACGUGCUGCAUGGACUCACGUGCUGCAUGGACUCACGUGCUGCAUGGACUCACGUGCUGCAUGGACUCACGUGCUGCAUGGACUCACGUGCUGCAUGGACUCACGUGCUGCAUGGACUCACGUGCUGCAUGGACUCACGUGCUGCAUGGACUCACGUGCUGCAUGGACUCACGUGCUGCAUGGACUCACGUGCUGCAUGGACUCACGUGCUGCAUGGACUCACGUGCUGCAUGGACUCACGUGCUGCAUGGACUCACGUGCUGCAUGGACUCACGUGCUGCAUGGACUCACGUGCUGCAUGGACUCACGUGCUGCAUGGACUCACGUGCUGCAUGGACUCACGUGCUGCAUGGACUCACGUGCUGCAUGGACUCACGUGCUGCAUGGACUCACGUGCUGCAUGGACUCACGUGCUGCAUGGACUCACGUGCUGCAUGGACUCACGUGCUGCCAAAUCUCCCCUUGCCUUCGACUUCCUGUUACUGCCCUCCCCUGCCCUCUUCAUGCCCUCCCCUGCCCUCUUCAUGCCCUCCCCUGCCCUCUUCAUGCCCUCCCCUGCCCUCUUCAUGCCCUCCCCUGCCCUCUUCAUGCCCUCCCCUGCCCUCUUCAUGCCCUCCCCUCCCCUCCUGCCGCACUGUCCUCCCCUCCCCUUCCCUACCCUCAAGGCACACCACCCACCGCGAUCAUCUUGGGGAGGGGCGGAGCAGGGACUGCCGUUCGCUUGGUGA